UACUCGAGUCACCCUCAUUUUUCAAUGAAUCCCCCGGAAAACUGAUGCCACCGCAAUUUUGAGGAUUUGUUCUCUUAAAACAAUAACCCCAAACUCUCCCGGAUUCAUCUCAAAAUCCCUAGCCUCAACAUGUUCUUCGCGUAACCCACGAAACAUGACGUAUAUACGCGAUCUUGUGGUAGUUCCUCACCACCGAUAAUCCAUUACCUGCAAUAAUAAUACAGUGAACAAACUCCGUCGAUCAAUAAUCCAAUUUCAAUUGUACGGAUGAUUGAGCAGUGAAAAAAACCGAUAAACUGUUCUCGCAAUUACCCAAAAAGGCUGUACAGUGGAUACGACAAGAGGCCUCGCGAGUGUGCGUGUCUCGGUCAAUCUGCCAUGAUAGGUCGGAACGCGUCCCCUUCGCGACCCGAAAAAGUCGAUGAAUAAACCACGAAAUGCGGGAGCUCCUCUGUGAGGAGCAACACUUUACGUGAGUGUAAGGGUUGCAGAAUGGUGGUGGAUAGUCUUUCAGUUCAGGGGUCGGCAACGACAGUGAGGAAGCACGAGCGUAGACUCGGUGGCAUGGUGGGGAAUAAGAUGCAGCCAAACGGUAAUGCCGGUGGCGGUAUGACGCCCAAGGAGUUGUGUGACAAUGACGAUCUUGCCACUUCACUUGUGCUAGAUCCGUACCUGGGCUUUGUCACCCACAAAAUGAACAUUAGGUAUCGACCAUUGAAGGCAAACAGGGACGAGCUUCGAAAGAUAAUAACGGAUUUCAUUCAGACCCAGAAUUACGACAAAACGUACAAAAAAUUGAUGGGCGGGGAUUGGGGGGCUAGACUACCACACACAAAGUCCAAACAGCAGCAGAUUAAUUUACAAGGCCAUGUAUAUCGUUAUCUCAGGGUCUUCGACAAAGACUCGGGUUUUGCUAUUGAGCCAUGCUACAGGUACUCCCUGGAGGGCCAGAAGGGUGCAAAAAUAUGUGCAACACGCAAAUGGCUGAAGCACGAUAAAAUUCCAUGUCUCGUUGGUUGUAUUGCUGAAUUGAGUGAGAAGGAGGAGGCUGCUCUCUUGCAUCCUGGUAAAAAUGAUUUUUCCGUUAUGUUCAGCUGUAGAAAAAAUUGUGCACAACUGUGGCUUGGGCCAGCAGCUUACAUCAAUCACGAUUGUCGGGCCAAUUGUAAAUUUGUGGCAACUGGACGUGAUACUGCCUGUGUUAAAGUAUUGAGGGACAUCGAAGUUGGCGAGGAGAUAACUUGUUUUUAUGGGGAGGACUUUUUUGGCGAUGGCAAUUGCUUUUGCGAGUGUGAAACAUGUGAGAGGCGGGGCACUGGGGCAUUUGCCAGCCAAAAACCCGGCGAUGAGUUGUCCACAGGCUAUCGUCUUCGCGAAACCGACAACCGAAUAAAUCGUACAAAGCACCGCCAGCAACCACCGAGUUCCAACAAGCAGUCAGACCCCAGCCUGACCGAGCGAAACGCCGUCCUAGUUGGUACAGCAGCAGUGGCCCCCCAAUCCCUGAGCAUGAAGGAGCUACGCCGCAAGGGUUUGACGAAGUACGAUGCUGAGCUGUUGAUAGCGCAGGGCUGUCGUUUCUCGGAUAUUGCCCAGCAGCAGCAGCCGUUACCCGUGGAUGAUGGGGCCACCUCAACACCCCCAUCGCGACCCCAUCCGUCCCCCAUGAAUGCCCAUGGCACGAGGAAUCUUCGUAACAAGCAGACGAGCAAGAGUGAGACGAAUGACAGCAGUGGAAAUGUUAAAAAUGGCCAGAGUCUCAGGGCUUCGAGACUUCAGAGAAGAACUGAGACGAAACGAACGCGUGCCAGUGUCGACGAACGUCCAGCUCCACUGGCUGAUAACAAUCGUGAUAACGAUGUCAAUCAUCAUAAGAAUGAGUACGAGAGAAUAAGCAUCACGAGGUUUAGCGAUGAAUCGAAGGAGAAUCCUGGUGACACGAGAAUUCACGAUACAAAUGCCAAAAUUGAGGGAAAAAUUAAUCGGAGUUGUUCGGUGUUAUCGAAAAAUUCGGAUUUCGAUGAUUUGAAUUCAAAGAGUGGAAAUACUGAUUUGAUACUGGGUGAUAAGGAGGUUGACGAGUCAUCGCAAAAUUGGAGAAAUUCGGGAACAGUUUCGCUGAAUGGUAUGAGUAAGAGACGAAAGUCUAUUGAGUCUUGUGUCGAUUCGAGGGAUAUUGAGCAUCGAAAAUCACCGGCACACGGUGAAACGCCGAGGAAAUCGACCUUUGGACAGGUGGAGGGACAAAGUGUGGAUCCGGAGGUCGAGGAGUUUAUAAAUGCUGCCAAGACUGCCCCUAUGGAGAGUGAAUUUACCAAGAGUUUCAAUGGUAUGCAUAAUGCUAAGAAGAGUCAGGAUAAAAUUGAUGAUAUUCAGAACGAUUGCACCAGGAUAAUUGAGGAGAAGUGCCUCGAGAUUCGACGACAAGUUAAUGGAAUUCUGGGGAACAGUGAUGAUUAUGAAAUGGGGUACAGUGAUGAUAAAUGUAAGAAUAUGGAGGAACAGUUGAUGGCAGUGAAAGACUCGAGUUCCAACAAAUCCGAGGAUACCAGAAGCUUGACCCUCAAAAGAUCAGAAGAUACCCCUGAAUUAAUUCCACAAACAACACCAAAAUCCAGGAGAAAAAAUAAACGUUGUCGUGGAGGAGUGACAAAGUCCCGGAAACGAAAGCUCAUUACUGAUAUGAAUGUUAAAGAUGACUCGAGCCACUCCAAGACACGAGGUAAAGUGAAGGUGAAUGGCAGACUAACGAGGAGCUCCAAGAAGGAGCAGAAGGUAAUGACGAGUGUAAUUGGAGCUGGUGACGAUGACUCGGGAAUUCAGGGAGACAUCUACGAGUUUAACGAUAAGGAGAGUAAUCCAGAUGAGAUGGAAGUGAUCAGGAGAAAUAAGCAGGAGAGCCAGGAGGAGCCUAGUGAAAGUAGACUCCAGGAAUUUAGCAAACUCGAGGCACCAGUACUCGUGGCUGAGAAGCCCUGGCCGACGAAAAACAAGGAGACGAGGCACUCCAGAGAGCCAUCGUUCGAAUCAACCGAGAAUCAGGACAGAUCGAAUGUCGAUGAUUCCCUUCUCAAGAAGCCUCAUCUCCCACCACCAGAGAAUUGCCACUGGCAAGCGGAGACCCGCUGCAGGGAAUGUCCAAUUACUCCGGAACGUCCUGGUGGACGUUUAAAGCUCACACUGCGCAUGAAACGUUCACCAAUUCUGGACGAUGUCGUUGAGUCUGGUACGAGUCUGAGCGAAGACAGUUACGAGCCUGAGUACGAGGUUCUCAGGGUCGAGGGAGUCGAGAGCUCCAGACGAAAGAAAAAACACAAAACUCGCGAUCGGGAGAGACGACAUAAAAAAAGAGAAAUUCAUUUGGAUCCACCACCACCACCCAUGAAGAGACUUCGACUCAUCUUUGGGAAUGAAACACACACCAUUGAUCUGCCACACUCUUAACGAUUCACCUCUGGGUAAAUUUAAAAUGGGUAAAUUCGAGUUUUAAUGAUCUGUCGAGGCCUCCGAGUGGGGAGGAUCAUUUGUUCUUUUUUUUUCACGUAUUGCGGUGGCACAGGCAAUUGGGGGGGAAUUAUACUUCAAUUAUACUAUUGUACAAUAGUAUUAUCGUGGAAAUAAAUAACAGCUUGUGCUGUUUAGGUAGAAAUUAGUAUUACUUAUGUACUCGAGAGAAUUGCACAGGCAAAUUCAGGAAAUUUAAGGGGUUACGGAGACUUGAAUCGAUUUCUUAUAUCAGUAAAAAUGUACAUAGCGAUUACGUUAAGUAAAGAAAUCGUACGACAAUUGCGGAUUAACGGAUUGGGGUGAAAGGUUUUUCUCACUGCGAAGAGGAGAGGGAGAGAGUUUUUGGCGAGGGAUGUCAUUGUACGCAUGAGAAAAUUUCAUUGGAAAAUUGGGAAUGUCAUUUGAAAUUUUACUUUCUCAGAUAGUCGAUUAUUCUUUCAGUGGAAAUCAAUGUUUUAUAUUUCUGUACAAUUUUUUCUCCUGGUACAUUUUCCCUGGAACACUAUAUUCAAAUUUUUCGAGAUCAAUUCUACAAUUUUUUUUAAUGAUUUCGUUCCUCUUCGUGAACAAGUCGAACGGAGAGUUUGUUCUGUAGAACAAGUUGUAAAGAAAAAUCACAUGUUAUUAAUUUUUAGAUUAUUUUCUAGUGUUAAAAGAAUAUCUAUAAAUUCACGGAAAAAUAUGACUAAAAUUUAAUAAAUAGAAGUUGUCCAAUGGGAACUCGACGAGAAAUUUUUGUUUAACUUUUUCUAUGAAAUUUUAUCGUGCAUGUGAUGUCCCUUAUUGGCCGAAAAACGUUUGGCUGUCGUCAUGACGCGUACCAGUCCCUCAUGACGGUCAGUUCGUACUUCAAUUAUCGAUUUUCAUAAUUGAAGUUUCAUCGAUCACAUUUGGAGAUGAAAUAAUCGGAAUUCAAUGAAAAAUUAAUGAAUGCAAUUGAAAUGAAAAAAAUUGUGUGAGUUGUACACAUUAUUCAGGCCCUCUCUGGACAUUUGAUUUGCUUUUAUCUCUUACAAAAAAAAAUUUCCAGUCUAAAUGAUCAGUAAUUAUUAGGAGAAAUUCUCCUUCGCUCGUGCAAUAGAAUUAAUCCCAUGAACGUAUAAAUAAUUAUAAAUAAAAUUCAGUGAAGUAAUUGAGUGCGAUGUAAAAAGAAUCUUCUAGAGUUUGAGAUAAUCUAAAAUUUAGAAACUUAGAUUUUUCCUGGAAAAAGAUUAUCCACUUUUUCCCCCAAUUCUACUAUAUGAUGAAAAAAAAAACGUUUGUGAUAUACUAUUACUAUGACACAUAAAAUAUUUGUUUCGAAUGAUUGGGAGAUGCUGUAGCUAUUGAAAUUCAUUUUUUUUAACUAAUUCGGAAUUGCAGAAAAUUCGUGGAAAAAAUUAAUAGAAAAAUCCAACACUUUCUUUUACUUUAUUUCAUUUUCUUGAACGUGAGACAACUUUCAUUCAAAUGAGAUAUUUAUACAUAGUUUUUUCUUAUUGUUUAAUGUCAAGUCUUCGGAAUUAAUUUUCUAAUCUUUCUCUACGUCCAAAAAAUCUGUUUUCUUCAAUAAAAUAAUUUUAAAAACUGUUAAGUUAGUGGCAAGAAAGCUUGAUUAAAGUCGAGAGCCCAAGAUUUUUCUAUUAAUUUAUCGAGUAUGUGCGGCAGGGAAUUUAAUUCAUUGAAUGAGGGAUGAAUCAGAUGGAUCAACUUGAAAAUGAUUGUUCUCCUGCAAAGCUGAUCGAAUGAAAUUGCCUCAUCUCAUUACAAUUCACCACAAAGUCGAUUUAUCGGAAAAAUUCGGAGGGGUAAUAUCGUCGGUAAUUUCGUGGUUUAACCAAACUAGUUGGAUAGAAUUUUUUCACUAUUAUAAAUCCUGGUGAACUGAGAGUAAUUACUGAGGACAAUGCCCACGCAUUCAACUUAUUUCUUUUCCAUUAAUUUUUCACACUGAGAAAGAGGAAGAUCAUAAAGUCCAGCGUUUAUGAAAAAAAAAACUACUCACUUGUUUCUUCGAGGUAAAUUAAUUUUUCUCUCACUGCCAUUAGAUGAAUUUUUAAUUGUUAUAUAGGAUGAUUAUUAUGUACCAUUUUCAUUGUCGCGGCUUGAAUGUGUUAUCAUUCGUUAUUUAAUUGGCAUGAAUUUCGCUGUGAAAUGACAAAAGAUUAACUGAGUGAAGAGUUGUCAAAUAAUAUUGACUAGAUAAAAAUUGAACAGUGAUCGGUGAUUGUUGAAGGGUCGGAAAAGAUGUGAAUCCAUGUCCUGGAAUUUUAAAUAAUUUUUAAUUCACGAAUGAUUUACCACCUGUGGGGAAUGCUCCACGCGGCAGUAUUUGUAAUCACGUUAAUUAUUAAUUGUUCGUUUUUAAUGUCUUUUUUUUUUUCUCUUUUUGUACGAUCCCAGAAAAUGCAAACCGGUUCAAACUGCAGAUGAAAAAGCGAAGUUAACGAGACGAGAAGAUACAUUGUCAUUAUUAUUUUUUAUGAAUUAGGAUAUCGCAAUAAACGACUUCAAAUAAUUA